AUGGGAAAAUUCUUCCUCCUUGCUGCCCUACUUUCCUUGUCCAUGGCUGCAUCCGCUGCGCCCGUGACACAGAACAAGGACAUCCCUCUUUCAAAGGCAACCGCAAAGCGCACCAACAAUGGCAACUCCGAGGAUUUCUGGUUCGACGCAUAUCCCAAACACGCAAGCAGAGAUGACAAUUCCCGUGUUUCGGAAGAAGUCUGGCUCGAUACAGUCCCUGAGGAACGGUCGGUUAAACGGACCGAUGGCGCACAGGGUUCUGGUAUCUCUGAGGAGCUUUUGGUGCAUGGGGAGCAUUAG